CAUGGCGGACGGACGUGAUGUUUUCGCGACGUUGGCAUGGAUGUGAUGGAAAACGUAGUUAAAUACAGAAUCUUUGUUAAAGAUGGAGAUUCUUUUGCCACAGAAAGCAAGUUGGAAACGCUUUUGGCUCAUUACCAGGUUUUUCUGAGUCCAUUCAUCGAUGAUUUCAUUUGGCAAGUCGAGCCUUUCUGUCUAGUGACCAAAGCCGGAAAAGGAGAUAAUCCAGCUCACCUUCAUGGAAAGACAAAGUUUGGCGACAAUAUUGAUGAUGAAUGGUUUAUUGUAUGUCUUCUCUUCAAACUUUCAAAGGCAUUUCCUGAAACAUGUGUAAGUAUAUCUGAUAAUGAUGGUGAAUUCCUGUUGAUUGAGGCAGCUGAUUUCCUACCAAGGUGGCUGACACCAGACAACAGCAAAAACAGAGUUUUUGUCCACAAUGGCAAAGUUCACAUUAUUCCCCUUCCUGCCACCCCAGGAGAACUGACAAUAUACCCAACAGGUACGCCCAUAUUGCAUCAGGCGCUAAAGUUAGUAUUUGGGCCUCAUAACACUGAAGCAGCAGCAAAGAUUCAGGAAACAAUCCGGCAAAGGAUUGCAAUAAUUUCUCAGAGCAGCUCUCAUCAUGCUCACUGCUAUGUACCAGCAGAAGUCAAAUUUGUUCUGGAUCAGAAGCCAUCUUUAAUCAGUCCUGUUGUACAGGCAUUUUAUGGGCGGGAUCCUGUUGACAUGAAGGCUUGCAGAACAAUGGAUCAGUUCACACUGAAAACAAGGCUUCUGUCAAGGAUACGUUUUACACGAUGCCUCUAUGCACAGUUAUCCCAACAACCUUUCAAUCCCGACAAGAGGUCAGAGUGGACUCCACCACCAGUUACUGAUCCACAUUACAAAGCUCAUGAGUUGGGUCUGAAAUUGGCUUGUGGAUUCCAGAUCUUAUGUAGAAGAAGUGGAGCAAGCCAACCGGAUUCAAAGGUGAUAGAUGAGCCCAAUGGCCCAAAAUGGGAGAGAUUUUGUGCCUGUCUGAGUGAUCAAGGUUAUUUUAAGGGAGAAAUUGAAGGAUCAAAAUUGUAUCAGGAUCUUCUGAAGAAGGCUAAGAAGCAAUUCAGUGAGAACUUCUCAACUCAAAACAGGACAGAUCCAGGACAGAUUAUUUUGACAAUGUUGAAGGAUGCUGUGAUAGAUGUGGAAAAGAUGAAGGCGGAAGAGCUGCUCCCAGAAGACGAUGACAGCUGGUUGAAUUUGACUGACCAGGAUUUAGAGAACAUGCUUUCAAAGUACCGCGAUCUAAACUCAAGAAAGACUGGAAGAGACACCCACACAAACACGCCCAAUCACAACGAAUCUUCAGUAGACCUGGAUUCCGUGACUCGUACUUUCAAAGCGUUUGUGGACAAGGUUUCCAGUUACGAGGGAGCAGAAUUUCCAGGGGAUCCUGAGGACGUAGAUAUUCAAUUUGAUGCCGACUCUUUCAUGGACACCGUGGGGAAUUUGUUAGGUCAAGGCGUCCGCCAUCGAGAUGAAGAAAGUGAUUCUGAUGCAGACGAUGAAGAUAUGGACUUCUCCUCAGGAGAUGAGAGUGAAACUAAUCAAGAUGUCGAAGCUAGUACUUACCUGAGCAAGGACGACAAAGAAAUGAAAACGGUCAUGGAAGAGAUGGACAACGAACUUGCACAGACAUCAAUCGGAGAAAGCUUCGAAAAGAGCGGUAAAUUACCUAAAGAAACUCGUCAGACCCAAACUAACCAUUCCGGUGAACCUCAGUGUGAUUCCGACGAUGAUGCGCCUGUCGACGUAGACUUCAAUCUUGUUAAAAACAUCUUGGAAUCCUUCUCUACGCAACAAGGACUCGCGGGUCCUGCAUCUAAUAUCCUUAAUUCGAUGGGUGUGUGGCUUCCACCAAAUAACGACCAGAGCGAUCCCACUUAGCUUCACGUAACAGAAGUGAAUCAUUGUGUUCAAAGGAACAUUCUGGUCGAUUUACAGCCAGAAUCGGCGCAGAAGAAAGGAGCGAAGAGAGCAAAUUUUUGUCUCCUAAACUAACGUCUUCUUCCAAGAAAAACAUUUGUAUCUCUUGACCAAAGUUGAAUACACGUCCAGGUGCUCUGGAACUGCGACUUAGUUAGGGGAACAAAGUUAACGAGCCGACAACAAUUCACUUUGCGUCAGAUUUGACAGAUUCAAGAAACCAAAGUGGUUCUGGAGGUAGUAUGGUUGUAAAGUGCAUCACAUAAGUUUAAAGUUGCGCGUGGUUUUUUCAAAACAAAAAGAAAAGAAAGCGAAGUAUAACUCUACUGAAGUGAAAACUGUCAAGAGAAUAUGUUUUUGCACCGUUGGGUACAAAAUUAAACGAGACGAAGUAAAACACAUGGUCGCUUUUGGUUAUAUUUCUUUCAAAGAAAUAUGUCGAGUCGUUGCAUUAUACCGGUUGCAUUCGUAACAAUAUCAAAGAAAACUCUCCCUGUUUAAUAUGGU